CAAAAUAGAAAUUGUUUUAUAUUUAUGAAAAGAAUAGAUCCAGGUUUUGAAAAAUGAAGAUCUCAUAUUCUUAAAGAAUAAAGGUUUGUUGGAAAGAAACUAUCUCCAAACUCUCUGUUUAUAAAAACAAAUCACAUCAAAAUCACUACAAAACAAAAAGAAAUAUGAAAUCAGAUUCAAAUCGGAUUGAUGGAGAAUUAAAAUUAGAAUAAGAUAAAUCUCGGAUGGGAGAAUUGAGAGUAUAUCUUUCAUUAAUAAGUGGUAUAGGUGAUAAAAAGUUAUUUGAUGAAGGUCUAUUGAUUCACUUUGAUGAAGUUCUAUUGAUUCACUUUGAUGAAGUUCUAUUGAUUCACUUUGAUGAGGUUCUUUCAUAUUCAUCUUCUUCCAUAAUGUGAUUUGAAUAAUGAUGAUUCAUAUUAGUUGAAUUAUUACUUUCUUCCGUG